AUGUUUCUCGAUAUUACCGUGACGUACUGCCAAACGUCAUUCAACAGAUUCCUCGAGACUUUCCUCCCAAGACAAAGCUUGAAACCACUGCGAGACCAGAUUGGUAAACACUAUGACUGCGAGAAGAGCUACGGUGGCGAUUACAAUCUAUGCCUAAGAUACAUCAUCCCCGAUGCGUCCUUCACAUACAACACCCGAGAUCUCAUAGACUUUUACACUGAGAAGACGUAUGCGACGUACUAUGGCUUCCCCAACGACAAGCUAGCCUAUCACGUGUAA